AUGACUGCCAGUCAAGUAAGCAGCGUCUAGCCCAAAUAUCCCCAGUCUCUCUGUGUGUCGCAUCUGCCUAGACAAGGAGCGAUUACGACCACCUACCACCACCACCUUUGCCACACCGCCAUCCUUUUGUGCGACAGAGUCUAGACAUCGGCGCACAUCCGACAAAGACCAAUCGGCUCCUUUCAAUACCAUACCCUACUGCUAGGCUCGUGAGCUGUCAUCCCCGCUCAUCUCCUCUUCAAUUUCUCCGUCACUGUCCGUCGAAGAGCUGCACCCGUAGAGCGCUCGUCUGAAGCGAGCGCUUCUACCACCCGGCUAGCCACCACGUCGCCAUCCCGCAAACGUCCGGCUUCAUCUCAAGGGGGGCCUGAAGAGGAGGCUUCGCAAGGAUCAGAACCCAGCGGCCACGCACGCGGUAUCAGCGCUGGGGGGAAGUCUGGAGGAGGGGCAUCACAGCCCUCGCCUGCAGGCGGGGCGCGACAGGAAGCGAGCAGGAAAAAGCGCAUCACUCCUCCACCUCCCCAAGGUCUUGACCAAGCGGUCAGGCCCAUUCCACCCAAGUUCGAGCGCAGACGCUCUGGACUCUCUCCGAGCAGACGCGCAGCGGUCAACGCCAGCAGUCCGCGCAGUAGUGGUACGGCGAGCGUUGAAUUCGAGAGGAGGGGCAGCGUAGCGAGCUUCACCUCUCAAGGGUCAGAGACUGCCCCGAUUGCUGCCCUUGUUGGCCCCUCGACGAAUCCAUCGGGAUCGGUGCAAGCGACUCUCGCUCCACUUUCUGCUCCUGCCACCGCUGCAAUCCACGAUCCAGCUGCUGCGGCAGCCCUCUUGGGAGUCGCUUCUCACACCGGCCCUCGGCCCCGCACUGUAGCUGCUGCAGUCGAAGCGGCAAUAGCUUCACCUCAAUUUCGCGUCCCUGCGACACCAUCAGAGCAAGCAAGGGCACAAAUCAGCGAAGAAGCAGCGGUCCCGUCUGCACACACGCACGGCAGUCGGUCGAGCUCAAUCAGCCUAUCCGCUCCGCAAAUUUCGGAAUCCAGCCCGCAGACGCAUUUCAGAGGGUUUAGUGCGGCUGCUGCGAACGCUGCGUUUAGAGCAGCUGCCGAUUCCGCAAGCACAGCUACGAGCGGUGCGAAGCCGACGGGAACUGCAGCGUCACAAAGUACGAGGCGUGGGGUGACUGCCAUCGCCACUCAGACUGGACCUUCGCGAGGGCGUGCCAGUGCAAAUAGCGCACACCCAACCCCGCAAUCUGCGGAAGCCUACGCUUCCUCGCCGCCUGGUCGCUACACGCAAACCUCUUCGGCUUCUUCGCCUGAUCAAGUCUUUCACGGAGCUGGGUCUCCCGGACAUUCAACCGCGGGCAGUCGAGACUCGCCUUCGUACACGGGCGUCGUUCGCGGAGCUCCGGCUGUUUACGCCGAUCGCAACUACGUCACCAGCGCUCACUUCGAAUCGCCCGCUAGCAGCAGCUAUUCGAGUCCUCCUGCCGGGGCAAGCUCUACAGUUCCUCGAGCUCCUUCUUUCGAGAUGCUCGAUCUCGACGAGACACUUCGUGCACUCUACUUUGCGCCUUUGCCUUUGAUUGUACUGGACAACAAUCGUACUGUGCGACUAUGCAAUCGACCUGCUGAGAAUGUGAGUUAAUUUCGGAAGCCCCGAUCGAAUUCAAACAGAUGUCUUUCGCGAGGGUCGCUGACAUUUUCCCGACCUUCUGCGAUUUGACAGCUCCUUCAAGUAGCUGCACCGGCGUGCACGGGGCAGCGAUUUGAGAGCUUAGUUGCGCCAACAUCUCGGAACACCCUCACUUUAGCUCUCAACGAGGCGGUAAGUCGACAAGGCCAGAUUUCAGCACUGCAUGGUAUUGAUGCAGUGGGUGCUUACAUCGGCACCUUGCCACGCCGCGCAGACUCAAACAGUGGAAAAAUGGACAGGUCCGACGACGACGCGAGUUUUGAUGCGCACCGGGGAAGAGCAGCAGCCGCUGCAGUGCGACCUCAGCAUCAGUGCUUGGGUGAGUACCUUUCAGGGCGUUGUAUCGUCUUGACAUCUCGCCGCUAACAGUCAUCACGAAUCCUACCGUGAAUAGGGAACAUCUGACCAAAUGUUUUCCCCUGCUGAUGGCGGCCAUGCCUUUUUGAAUCGAGAGGCUUCCUCAGCAGACAAGGCUGCCGGCGCGUCUACCGCCGCCGUCUUGUCACCCCGGACAACACCUCGAAGCGUCCCUGCUGAAGACCAAAGUUCCCCGCCCAAUGGUCGCUCCGAAGCUUUGGCUAGCACGUCAGCGCACCACCUCCCUCAUGAGUCGAUGUUCACAAUCUCCAUUGCGCCAAUGUGAGUCUAGGGCACUGCAUUUCUCGUGAACAGUGGAAGCUGACCACUGCGCAAUGGCGCUUUCAGUCGGACUGGGGAGAGGCGCUCUAGUCCAGGGGGAGGUCACCUGACCAAAGCGGACAUGCUACGCGAAAGUGUCCUGCAUACAAUCGAAGUGCCCAUGCUUGCCUUGAACUGCGAAGGCUCUACGAUGAUCACGAAUCGUGCAGCCAAUGAUGUGCUAAGCAUUUUCAGACGACAGCAACCAGUCAAGAGAGAGAAGAAGGAUGGCGAUUCAAUGCACGACCCUAAUGUGGUCAACACGGAAAUCGAUCUGACGUGGAUCACCGAGAAUAUGGACUGCUACGACGAGAACUUUGAGCACCGUAUCCCCGAAAGCGAGUUCCCAAUCUAUCGCGCAACGGUUUUGGCGCAGCCCACCGCUGCUAAAGUCAUGGGUAUCCAAAAUCCUUUCACUGGUCGCCGCAUCGUCAUGGAGAUCUCUGGUCGGCCGAUACGUGACAACGGAGGCUUUGGGGAGCACAUUGGCGGCCUGAUCACCUUCCGCGACGUCACCGACGAGCGUGCCAAGCGCGAAGAAGACAUCCAGGAACAGGGUGAUGCUUACUUUAAGCAGCUGUGCGACGCCAUGCCCCAGCUUGUAUGGGUGACUACUCCUACUGGCUUUGUCGAAUGGUAUUCGAAGGCGUGGUACGACUACACUGGUCAGGACGCGCAGGACGCGCAAGGCGUCGGAUGGGGCUCUGUCCUUGCUCCUGAAGUGCGUAGUCUUGGUGGGGAACACGUGGGACGGCGACUGAUGCUCUACAUUUACUUCGAACAGGACGUGCCCGAGACCAAUCGGAGGUGGAGCCACUCUUUGCGUACUGGGGAACAGUAUGAGACAGCUUACCGGUGCAAGAGAAAGGAUGGCGUGUACAGAUGGUUCUUGGGUCGAGCACGCCCGUUCCGUGAUGCGCGUACUGGUGCUAUCAAAGUGAGUCUGGUCGCGUAAGAACACUCGGGAGCAGGACUCACUCGCAAUGUCUUCUCAAAAGGGCUGGGCUGGCUCUUGUACGGACAUCCAUGAUCAGGUAGAGGCGCUUGCUGCAAGUCGCCAGGCCCAGACUCAACUAGAAAGCGUCAUCAAUCAGGCUGCCAUGACCCUCUGGGCGAUAGAUAGAGAAGGAGUUGUAACUGUGGCUGAAGGUCCAGGCGUGCGUCAGCUCAAGCUCAUGGCGCCCACCACACCAAUGGGCUCCGAGCGUGACGUGAGUACGAGCCAAGCAGAUCGCGCGAGCGAAGACGGCAUGCAGAUGCAAGCCUCCAGCAAUAGCAACAGCAACAGCAAUAGCAACAGCAGCAACAGCAGACAUCGCCAUUCGAUGAUCGGGCGCAGCGUCUACGAUGUUUGGAACUCCGUCGAAAUCAGAUUGGCCAUCCAGAAGGCGCUAGCCGGCGAAUCCGUCGUCGAAGAGAUGGAAAUCGAAGGGCGGCACUUUAGAACGAGCUACAAUCCUCUGCGAGCCUCUGACCCAGAGGCACCGAUCGCAGGCUUGCCCACAGAAACCUAUGAGAGUGAGAUCAUAGGAGUCGUUGGAUCGUCGAUGGACAUUACCGAGCGCAAGCGAGCUCAGAUCAGGAUGGAGGAAAGCUUGAUCGAAAAGUCCCGCGCACUGGCAGCUGAAGGCGCAGCUAGGGAAGCGAGCCGACUAAAGUCGGAGUUUUUGGCGAACAUGUCUCACGAGAUUCGCACUCCCAUUGCUGGUGUGAUUGGUCUGUCCGAGCUGCUGCUGGACGAGAAGCUCACGACUCAACAGCGUGACUAUGCAGAGACGAUUCAAAGAUCGGCGGAAGGCCUACUGACGGUCAUCAACGAUGUGCUCGACUUUUCGAAGGUCGAGAUAGGCAAAUUAGACGUGGAAAGAGCUCCGUUCAAUUUGGAGGUCGUUUUGCGCGAUCAAAAACGGAUGUUGAGCUUUGCCACGCAAAAGAAAGGGCUAGACUUCCGGGACUCCGUCAGAUUAGGCUACAAGGGUAUGCUGCUUGGUGACGCGGGUCGCCUGCGUCAAGUCAUCACAAACAUUCUCACCAACGCUAUCAAGUUCACGUCGGAAGGAUACAUAUCUUUGGAUGUUGCAGAGGUCAAAGAAGAUGCUGAGCACCUCACUGUGCGAUUUGAUGUUCGCGAUACCGGUUGCGGCAUUUCCACCGAAGUUCUAUCUCGCCUCUUCCAACCUUUUAGUCAAGCAGAUCCUUCCACUGCUAGACGAUUCGGAGGCACUGGUCUGGGCUUGAGCAUCUCCAAAAAUCUCGUCGAGCUCAUGCACGGCAAGAUCGGCCUGAACUCGGUUGAGGGGCAGGGUUCUCACGCAUGGUUCUGGGUACCCUUCCUAAAGGCCAAAGAAGCCUCCAUCAGCGACAUGGAUGAGAAGACGUCUGCGAAAGUGCUAGCCGAUUCGGCAGCCGGCAACGUGGGCAUGCCAGGACUUGAGCGCAAUCCUUUGUCGCGGCCACGCAAGGACAUUUGGAUCCUCAUCGCAGAGGACAAUUUGGUCAAUGCGCAAAUCGCGAGCAAGAACCUCCGCAAGAUGGGCUUCAGCUGUCGAACGGCUGAAAACGGCAAGCUUGCCCUGGACGAGUUGGGCCGUAACACGUACGAUGCAGGUGAGACGCUCAAUAGGUGCAAGCAUACAUGUAUCUUGAGCUGAUCCCCCGGCCGUUUGUCUAUCUCAGUGCUCAUGGACUGUCAAAUGCCAGAGGUGAGCAGAGAUACAUGGGACGUUGCAAAAUGUCCUCUGACGAUUAUCGUGCUCCACAGAUGGACGGUUAUGAAGCAACGCGACUUAUUCGAGCUUCACAAAAUACCGACACGAGAAGUUUGCCGGUCAUUGCUUUGACCGCUUCUGCGAUCAAAGGCGAUCGAGAGCGAGCGCUGGAAGCUGGAAUGAAUGACUACAUCUCCAAGGUGCGCUGCAGUCCGGGAUUUUGCGAUGCGCACCUCAUUUGUGGUCACUCGCGCCGCUAUGGUUGAUACUGACAUUGCUCGCAUGUCCACUUUUGAGCGCAGCCUGUAAAGCGUCCUCUGUUGGAGUCUACCUUGUGCAGAUGGCUCUACGAUCAGGACGCCCGCCAAAGCCUUUCGAGGUAUUCAAAUCCUCCUUUGUCGCCUACGCCUCAGGACGCGACUUCCGAAACGGCGCCGGCAGUUUCUACGGCCUCGGGCACCAGCGCGCCUCUGACCUCACAGGCAAUACAAGCUUCGCAUGAUGUUGGACCCUCGCCACGAAGCCAGGAAGACACGAUGGGUCUAGGUGCCCCGGGCAAGUCACCGGGUCUUUCCCCGAGCAGCACUGUCAGUCAAGUUCAACGCACUCUUAAAGUGAACACCUCAGAUGCUUUGACCACGGCAGCAGAGCUCUUGGCCGCUCGGCGCGCGUCCGACGAAGGGUCGCCAAGCGUGAGGUUGAGACGACCACCUCUAGGGUCAAGAAGCCACUCGCACAACCCCAGCUCCACAACUAGCGAAGAGUCGCUCUCUUAUGUCAAGAUGACGGGCGCCAAGUCGUACCAGCAAGCAGCGCCGCCAGGGGUGCCGCGGAUGGUCCGUCGAUCAAGCCGAGAACAAGGAGGAAUGGGAAGAGAUUUGGAAGGCGAAGUGCUGAAAGCUGUGGCUGGACUGGCUAGCGAGCCCAGGCUGGAAGCGGCGAUGGAGAAUUCGGAGGGGGAACAAUUUGAGCAACUGCUUGCUCAGGCGCACGCGCAAGCGGCGGGAGAUACUUCUAGCGACACUCUACCUCAUAUUACGGACCAACAAGUCGACGCGGACGGCGACUCGCCCAUGCCCGACGCUGUGCACGGCCCGUAA